AACGUACAACGUCUGCUUUGUCUGGUCCUUAGCAAGUCACCCUUUCUGCUCAUCCACAACCUGGUUUCCUGCACACAGGAGGAAUAGCAGUCCUGGGAUGGUUGGAUGCUGUGAGCCAGCUCUCCACUGGCCUCUGGUCUGGCCUUCUGGGGACCCCUGUUGCUUCUCCAGCAUGAGUGGAUACAUGGAAUUUCCCCCGAGCCACAGCAACCCCACCAGGGAUCCCAUGGAGCCCCGGCCCAGCCCGGCUUCUCUGCAAGAGGAUGUGGACAUGGGCAGCGGCUCGAGUGGAAAUGAAGCCCCCGAGAGCUGCUCCAUGGGGCAGGACUCGCAGGGCAGUGACUGCGACGACCACGGGAAGGAGCAAGGGAUGCUGGUGGAGCCGCCCGACACCCGGAGUGCCUUUGGCCUGAUGAUGGCUGAGCCUGAGCCCAACCUGUCUGCAAGCGGCUGCAGCAUCGAGCAAUCUGCCAAAGCAGACACUCAUAAAGAGCUGAUAAAAACCCUGCGGGAGCUGAAGGUCCACCUCCCUGCGGACAAGAAGGCCAAGGGCAAGGCCAGCACACUGGCCACCCUGAAGUAUGCCCUGCGCAGUGUGAAGCAAGUGAAAGCUAACGAGGAGUACUACCAACUGCUAAUGUCCAGCGAGAGCCAGCCCUGCAGCGUGGAUGUGCCCUCCUACACCGUGGCACAGGUGGAAAGUGUCACGUCUGAGUACAUGGGGAAGAACGCAGACAUGUUUGCUGCGGCCGUGUCCCUGGUUACAGGGAAGGUCCUAUACAUCUCUAGCCAAGUGGCCUCCACAUUUCACUGCAAGCAUGAUGCCUUUAGCGACGCCAAGUUUGUGGAGUUCCUGGCGCCCCACGAUGUCAGCGUGUUCCACAGCUUCACCACCCCCUACAAGCUUCCGUCCUGGGGCCUGUGUGGCGGUGUAGAUUCCUUUACUCAGGAAUGCAUGGAGGAGAAGUCUUUCUUCUGCCGUGUGAGUGUUGGGAAGAAGUACGAGAAUGAGGUCUGCUACCAGCCAUUCCGCAUGACGCCCUACCUGGUCAAGGUGCAGGAGCCGCCAGGGGCUGAGAGCCAGCUGUGCUGCCUGCUGCUGGCAGAGAAGGUGCACUCCGGCUACGAGGCCCCUCGAAUUCCUCCAGAGAAGAGAAUUUUCACAACCACACACACGCCAAAUUGUUUGUUCCAGGAUGUGGAUGAGAGGGCAGUCCCCCUCCUGGGAUACCUACCUCAAGACCUGAUCGAGACGCCGGUGCUCGUGCAGCUGCACCCCAGCGACAGGCCCUUGAUGCUCGCCAUCCACAAAAAGAUCCUGCAGUCCAGCGGGCAGCCUUUUGACUACUCUCCUAUCCGGUUCCGUGCCCGGAACGGGGAGUAUAUCACCCUGGACACCAGCUGGUCCAGCUUCAUCAACCCCUGGAGCCGGAAGAUCUCCUUCAUCAUCGGGAGGCACAAAGUCAGGGUGGGCCCUUUGAAUGAGGAUGUGUUCGCAGUGCCCCCGUGUAUGGAGGAGAAGGCCCUGCACCCCAGCAUCCAGGAGCUCACUGAGCAGAUCCACCGGCUGCUGCUGCAGCCCGUGCCCCACAGUGGUUCCAGUGGCUAUGGGAGCCUGGGCAGCAAUGGGUCCCAUGAGCACCUCAUGAGCCAGACUUCGUCCAGCGACAGCAACGGCCACGAGGAGUCCCGCCGCCGCAGAGCUGAGAUUUGUAAAAAUGGUAACAAGACCAAAACCAAAAGUCAAUUUUCCCAUGAAUCUGGAAAACAAAAGAAAAAAUCUAUUACAGAAAUACCAAGUGGCGCCCUGGCUCAGGUGAAAGCUGCACCUAUCCCGGAAAAUGACAGCUCAGGGACCAGCUUGCCCAAGGUCAGCUUCCCCGAGGAGCUGGCCUGCAAGGACCAGCCCGCCUGCUCCUACCAGCAGAUCAGCUGCCUGGACAGUGUUAUCAGGUACCUGGAGAGCUGCAACGAGGCUGCCACCCUGAAGAGGAAGUGCGAGUUCCCUGCAAACAUCCCAUCCCGAAAGGCCUCAGUCAGCCCUGGGCUGCAUGCUGGAGAGGCUGCGUCGCCCUCCAAGGUGAGCAGCCACGCGGAAGUGAGUGCCCACCUGAGCUCACUGGCACUGCCUGGCAAGGCUGAGAGCGUGGUGUCCCUCACCAGCCAGUGCAGUUACAGCAGCACCAUUGUCCAUGUUGGGGACAAAAAGCCACAGCCGGAGUUAGAGAUGGUGGAGGACACCACCAGCGGUCCUGAGUCCCUGGACUGCCUGCCUGGCGGCCCCAGCCAAGAGAAGGGGCCCCUGCAGAAGCUGGGCCUCACCAAGGAGGUGCUGGCCUCCCACACGCAGAAGGAGGAGCAGAGCUUCCUGCAGAAGUUCCGGGAGGUGCGGCGGCUGGGUAUCCUGCAGGCCCACUGCCAGUACUACCUGCAGGAGAGGUCUAGGGGACAGCCGAGCGAGCGUGUGGCUCCUGGACUAAGAAGUGCUUCUGGAAUGGAUUCAUCUUGGAAAAAAACUGGCAAGAACAGAAAACUGAAGUCCAAACGGGCCAAGCCUCGGGACUCCUCCGAGAGCACAGGGUCUGGGGGGCCCCCGCCCCACCGGCCUCCACUUGUGGGCCUGAACGCCACUGCCUGGUCGCCCUCAGACACAUCUCAGUCCAGCUGCCCCACUGUGCCCUUCCCUGCCCCUGUGCCCUCUUACUCCCUGCCCAUGUUCCCAGCACCAGGAAUAGUGCCGGCACCAGGAACUGUGGCACCAGCAGCAGCAGUGCCUCAUACCAGUUUUGCAGUGCCCGCCGUGGCCAUGGCUGCCCAGCCCGACUUUGCAGUGCAGCCCCUACCUUUCACUGCCCCCGUGGCCCCUGUCAUGGCCUUUGUGCUCCCCAGCUACCCCAUCCCGGCCACUGCGAGUCUGCCCCAGGCCUUCUUUCCAGGCCACCCCACACUCCCCUCCGAGAUGAGCCCUGCCUCCCAGCCUGAGUUCUCCAGUCGGACCUCACUCCCCCAGCAGCUGUGCUCCUGCCCGGCCACUCCUGCCACCCCACCAUCAGCUGUGGUGGCCACGGGCAGGGCCUCCCCACCACUCUUCCAGUCCCGAGGAAGCUCGCCCCUGCAGCUCAACCUGCUGCAGCUGGAGGAGGCGCCCGAGGGCAGCACAGGGGCCAUGGGGACAGUGACAGCCGGGCCAGACUGCACACCUGCUCGAGACCAGCAGCCCAAGGCGCCUCCUACACACGACGAACCCUCAGAUGCUCAGAACAGCGACGCCCUGUCCACGUCCAGCGACCUGCUCAACCUCCUGCUGAACGAGGGCCGCUGCUCUGCCACUGGGUCAGCCCUGUCUGGGAGCGGAGCCUCUGCCACCUCAGACUCCCUGGGCUCAGGCUCACUGGGCUGCGACGUGUCCCGAAGUGGGGCAGGCAGCAGUGACACGAGUCACACCAGCAAAUACUUUGGAAGCAUUGACUCCUCAGAGAAUAACCACAAAGCAAAACUGAACACCGACAUGGAGGAGAGCAGACAUUUCAUCAAGUACGUCCUACAAGACCCCAUCUGGCUGCUGAUGGCAGAGGCUGACGACAACAUCAGGAUGACAUACCAGCUGCCCUCCCGGGAUCUGGAGUCGGUCCUGAAGGAGGACAGAGAGAAACUGCAGCUGCUGCACAAGUCCCAGCCCCGGUUCACAGAGGCCCAGAGGCGAGAGCUGUGCGAGGUGCAUGCAUGGGUGCAGACAGGCGGCCUGCCUGCAGCCAUCGACGUGGCGGAGUGUGUUUACUGUGAAAACGAGAAAGGCGAUGUGUGUGUGCCGUGUGAGGAAGACAUUCCGUCCUUGGGAUUCAGCGACGCCUUAGACACCAAAGAGGAGAAGGGGCACCCCCCAGACCACGAGAAGGAAGAGCAGACAUAACCCCGGGUGACAGUGAUGAUCUGCUUCAGGUGGUGCUUGGGACACACAGAAGACCUUCACGUUUGUUUCUAAUGAAAUGGACAUAUUUAUUUACAUUGCUUUUUUUUUUUAUUUUAGAAAAAGACCCCAGUUUUCUGAAGGGAGGACUUCAGGCUGUGGAGGGGGAGGAUUUAGACAGGAAUACAUUUUCGUAUUUAAAAUACAAACAUGGAGUUUGGGGGGAUGGGUUGAGACGCCGGCUGCUGUUGAACUUGAGGACCUCCUUCCUCUUUGUGAGAGUCAGGGAGGAAGCCCCAGUGCCCUCAGACAUCCCCGACUGGGGUGGCACUCCCACUCAGCAUGCCAGCGCCUUCCAGCCCUGGAAGGCUGCUGCAAGACACCAGGCCAUCCCGCAACAAAUCACCAGGAAGCUGCGUGCAGCUCUGAGAUGAAGGCUCCUACUUUCUGAAGUUUUCCCAGGGUUCACUUGGACUGCGUCAAGUCUGCCCUCUCAGGACCAUUUUUGCCUAAAUUGCCAUUAGUCCAGUCAGGUGUUUGCCAGCACUCAUCAGCUGCUCCUGAUCUUCCAGAAUGUUCUUGGGAAGCAUGUGUCAGCACAGCCUUGGUCCUGUAGGGGAAGCCUUUGAGUGUGACACAGCUUUUGUUUGUACUAAGCAAGUUGAAACGCUGGCUCUAGACAGAUGCAGCCCAGGGGUUUGUGUGACCAACUCAGUCGGAUUAAUGCCUGCACAAGCUGAUGUGUGAGGCUCCAACCUAAGGACAAAUGCAGCUGGGUCCCUAAUGCCAUGGGCAAAGCCCGGUGUGCAGAGAAUUCACCGUGAACAUUCCACCUGGCUGAUACACGGUUCUUUACAUGUUGGCCAUGAUGUUCUACAAAGGACCCGAGAAUGCUGUAGAAAUAUGCAGGGGGUCUAUGUGGGGCUGCACGGUUUCUGCCCUCUGUCCUGGCACCUCUCAGUGCUGCUGGCAUUUAAGUCACCGAACCCUUGGGGAGAAUGAGGCCACCCUACCCAGCUUCACCAAGCUUCAUGCUGCACCAGAAGUCCCAGACACUGUUUGGGGAAGCCUGAUAUUAGUCCCUGGUGUGAAGAAGUCACCACCCGUGGCCACCUGACUUACAACUGGCCAAGUUCCUGAACCCUGAAAGUCCCUUGACAAAAGCGGCUGCGAGAAAGCUGGGGACUCCUGUCCACUGCUGGUUUUCACAGUAGACCAUCUCAUGCCUGAAUAUUAAUCCUGUUUCUUAUAAAUGCAAGAACUUUGUUUUGGUUUUUAUGUAGUUCAGGCUGGCCUUGAACUCACUAUGUAGCCCAAGCUAGCCUCA